CUUUCCUUCAUUCCGGCCUCCCCACUUCCAUCAAAUUCUCUCUCCUCCUCCCAAAAGCCAGAGCCCCCCUUCUUCCCCAAAAAACCUCUAUCAUCCGCCAUGGGAGAGCAGCUACAACUCCGCGGCACCAUGCGUGCUCACACCGACAUGGUCACCGCCAUCGCAACCCCAAUCGACAACAGCGACAUGAUUGUCACUGCUUCAAGGGACAAAUCCAUCAUCCUCUGGAAAAUCACUAAGGAGGACAAGGUCUAUGGUGUUCCUAGUCGCCGUCUUACUGGACAUUCUCACUUUGUUGAGGAUGUUGUACUUUCUUCUGAUGGCCAGUUCGCUCUUUCUGGCAGUUGGGAUGGUGAGCUUCGUCUUUGGGACCUUGCUGCUGGUACCACUGCUCGUCGCUUUGUUGGUCAUACCAAGGAUGUGCUUUCCGUCGCUUUCUCGAUUGAUAAUCGUCAGAUUGUUUCUGCUUCUAGGGAUCGUACCAUCAAGCUUUGGAACACUCUUGGUGAGUGCAAGUACACAAUCCAAGAUGGUGAUGGUCACUCAGACUGGGUUAGCUGUGUGAGGUUCAGCCCUAACACUUUGCAGCCAACCAUUGUCUCAUCCUCAUGGGAUAAGACCGUCAAGAUUUGGAAUUUGACUAACUGCAAGUUGAGGGCAACCUUGGCUGGUCACAGUGGUUAUGUGAACACUGUUGCUGUAUCCCCUGAUGGUUCCUUGUGCGCUAGUGGUGGCAAAGACAGUACCAUUUUGUUGUGGGAUUUGGCCGAGGGCAAGAGGCUUUACUCUCUUGAUGCUGGUACUAUUAUCCAUGCCCUUUGCUUUAGCCCUAACAGGUAUUGGCUCUGUGCUGCUACUGAGGGUGGUAUUAAGAUUUGGGAUUUGGAGAGCAAGAGUAUUGUUGAGGACUUGAAGGUUGACCUUAAGACCGAAGCCGAACAUGAUGUUGAGGGUGCAGGCACCACUGCAUCUAAGAAGAAGGUUAUUUACUGCACUAGUUUGAGCUGGAGCGCUGAUGGCCAAACACUGUUCAGUGGAUACACAGAUGGUGUUAUUAGAGUUUAUGGAAUCGCCCGUUACUAGAAUGUAGGCUUCUGUGUGGCAAUUGGCAUGGACAUUUUUCGAAUGUAGUUUCUUCUAUAAUCUAGGGUACUCUCUGCGGGUCUUGUUUUCAGAUUUUUGAUACAUGUGUUUAUGGCAUUUUAAGGCCUUUUUUGAUUGUCAUUCCCAAGUAAGAGGUUGAUAUUUAAACUUAAAUCAUGCUAUUUACUUUCACAUCUGAUUUUAGAUGUUACAGCAGUUUGAAUUUCAACUCGUCACUUGUCUAAAUUUGCUUGACCAGUGAUUAUUAAAA